UUCCGAUUCAUAAAACAAUGAUUGUUUCAGAUAAAAUGGAGAAUGCCGACUAAGAAAUUAAAUAAAAUGUCUAAUAUGGAAAAGGCUCAAGACACCAUGGAAAAGUAUCUAAAGGAGUUUAGAGUGGAGCAGUGCCCUCUGUUUCUCCAGCAUAAGUGCCAACAGCAUCGCCCCUUCACUUGCUUCAACUGGCAUUUCCAAAAUCAAAAACGUCGGCGGCCUGUGCGUCGUCGGGAUGGAACAUUUAAUUACAGUGCUGAUAACUAUUGUGAAAAGUACGAUGAAACGACUGGAAUAUGUCCUAAUGGAGAAGAUUGUACCCUGUUACACCGUACUGCUGGGGAUACAGAACGCAGAUAUCAUCUUAGAUAUUAUAAAACGGGAAUGUGCGUGCACGAUACAGAUAACAGGGGUUUCUGUGUAAAGAAUGGUCCUCACUGCGCCUUCGCUCAUGGUGCAAAUGAUCUCAGACCUCCCGUUUACGAUAUUAAGGAGAUGCAGGCUAUAGAAAAUGGUGAAGUAGAAGACAACCGAACAGGUCCAAACAGUUUAGAUAAGGAGAGAUCUCUACUCAACGAUGAUCCUAAAUGGUUAGACACACCCUACGUUCUAACCAACUACAAAACCGAACCAUGCAAGAAACCUCCCAGGCUCUGCCGGCAAGGUUAUGCAUGCCCGCAGUACCAUAAUAAUAAGGAUCGAAGGAGGAGCCCAAAAAAGUACAAGUAUAGGUCAACCCCUUGCCCUAGCGUAAAAACAGCUGAUGAAUGGGGGGACCCGGUCAACUGUGAUAGCGGAGACAACUGCCAAUACUGCCAUACCAGGACCGAGCAGCAGUUUCACCCUGAGAUCUAUAAAUCUACAAAAUGCAAUGACAUUCAGAACACCAGCUACUGCCCAAGGGGCGCCUUCUGUGCAUUCGCCCAUAUUGAACAGGAGACAUUGGAUCAUGGAGCUGGUGGAAACUUUAUGGAUUUCCAUCCAUUAGAUCAUUCAGACUCUUCAUCAGACAGGAGUAGUAACAGUGGAGAGAUCGGAGAAUAUCCCUGGGGGGAGAAAUCCCGGGCACCUGGCUCCCACCUCAAGAAUCUACAGAAUAUUAACGGUGACAGUAUUAACGGGAGUUGUUCUAUCCCCACCUCCCCAACGUAUAAAAUGCCCCCCUCUCCCACCUACAAGAUCAGGACACCCUCAGGGGACGCUUCAAGGCUUAGAAAUCAACUUCAAUAUAUUGAAAAUGACCCUAGCCUGGGACCUGGAGAGAAAUCUGCCCGGCGCGCUAGCCUACUGGUUGAGAUGGGUUUAUCGAUGAGUUCUGGUUCAAAUCUUGUUUCUACAAUUAAUAAUUCUCUCUCAAAUAUCGGGUCCAGUUUAUUCUCAACUUCAAACCAAAUGGAAUCUGUAGGAAACGGUUUUGAAGAGAUGAGCAUCAAUGAUCUAUAUGAAGGUGGGAAGAGCAGGAAGAGCAGUGGGUUUAGUGAAGGGGAGAAGAGCAGGAAUUGCUCCGGGAUGGAUGGAGGAGACAAGUCUAGAAACUGCUCUGGGAAUUCUAUAUCUCAGGGUUUAGUUAGCUCUGGAUUUCUUCCAUCUAAUCCUGUCAAUAUUCCUGGACAAGACUCUUUCUUAGACAGAAAUGACAGUCUUGGCGGCCUCCUGACUGGUCGAACAUCUGACCUCGGUGAUAGCGGCUACCUGGCCGGCCUCAAUAAUACUCUCGGGUUCCAGGGGGGACUCUUCGACUUCGGACCUCAAACUAAUAAUUCUGUCAAGGAUGCUGAAAUAGCUCGUCUACGUGAGGAGCUAGGAGCAGCAAGGGCUAAAUUAAGCAGCUGGGAAGAGAGCAUGAUCCAGGCUCGCACAGCUUGUGAUGCAUGGAAGAAGGAAGCUGCUAUGUCUAAGCAGAAGGCUGAGAUGGCGAUCAAAGAGAAGGAUGUGGCCGUGAACAAGGUCUCCACCCUGCAGAAGGAGAUUGAACAGUUGAGUGGCGGACCCCUCCUUCAUGCUCUCCGCCGUAUCUCCGACCUGCCUUCCCUUCCGCCGGCGAUGCUGAAGACGAUUGAGUGGCAGCUACGGAAAGAUAUCGCGGAGGUAGAGCGAGCUAGCAGACAGCAGUCAGAGCAGCAAAUAUGGCUCUCAAACAAUAGGGUUAUGGAGAAUGUAAUUCCUGAUUGGUCCCUGGGCCUUAACAUGCACCAACCUCUUUACUCAUCCAUGCAACAGUAAUCAGACUGCAGUCAUCUGAAAUCCUGACAUCGAUCAUCCAUUCUUCAAAAAUGGCUCCAAAUAUUACUGUAACUGCAGUAAACAUACUCCCCCUGUAACUGCAUUAAAAACUGUUCUCCCUGUAACUGCAGUAAGCCCUGCUCCCCCUGUAAUUGGAGAAAAAACUUGCACCCCCUGUAACUGCAGUAAAACCAUUCCUGUAAAUGGAACAGAAUUUAAUACUGCUCGCCUGGUUUCUAUUACUCAUUGUUGUUCUCAUUUUGAUCCAGUGGUUGAGUUUAAUCCAUCGUGAUCCAUUUUCUUCCUGAUCCCAUUUUUUUGGAUCCCGUUGUCAAUCCGUCGAGUUGAUUUUACAUCACAGAAUCAAGAAUUGAUCAAUCGGAAGCACAUCAUUGCCAGCGAUACAAGUGAUUGACAAUUGAACACAUUAAAAUCAAAUCUGUGCUUUAUUGUACCGUACCGUUGUGUAGUGUACGGUAGUGUACCGUACCUUAGUGUUUACGGUAUUGUACCGUACCUUCCAGCACUCUUCACCCCCUAGUUCUAGGUUUUAAAUCGCUGAAUUCAAGUUUAGAUGUAAAAUAUUAAAUGCGCGAAUCUAGUUUAGAGACAGUUGGCUAAUGGAGUUAAAGUAAAAUGAACCUGCCUAGCAUAGAGUUCAGAUUCGCGCACAGGCGACAAAUCGCUCUUAUUAAAUAGAUUUACAACAUGUUUCCAAUUUAUUGCUAAAGCGCACUUCAAGCACAUUCAUGUGUUUUUCAUCCUCCCAGAUUGGCGGCCUUCGUUUGCAAUAUUCGGCUGCCGUUGACCUAGGGAGGGGUUUCGUUUUUAAUAUUUCUCGUAAUUUUACUAGAUGUAUGUAUAUUUUUAUAGUGAGUGCAGCUUCGGCAUUUUUUUUAAUAAUAUCAAUCGUUAUUGUUUUACAAUGAUUUAACAUGUAACAAAACAAAAGGGGUGCCAACAAAUCAAAAAAUAUUUUUAAUUUUUGAAUUUAGAUUUUUAAUUUUUGGCAUCCUUGUAGAAACCAAUAGUUCUACCUCAAAAUUUUUCAAAUUUUUACAAAAAAUUUAAUAAUGUUGAUUCUGAGGAUUUAUUGUUAGCCUUGUCUAGCGGUAUGUUUGUGUGCGCGUGAUGAUUAUAUAGGUUAAAUCAAUUAUAGGUGUUUUAAGAAAUUUAGUCAUAAUCUCUAGUUUAGAACUUUUGCAUAAAGAAAAAAAUUGGUCACGUAAAAUUUUGAAAUAAAUUUUCACAAAUUGAAAA